AUGCCCUCAAAACCAAGGAAAAAGAUUCAAGGCCCAACUCUUUAUACAACAUUUGUCGAUGCUUAUAUGAAAGCUCGACCUAAUGAAAAACGAGCUGACAAACAUUAUGAUGCAAAAGUUGAAUGGAAUAAAAUAAAAUGGAAUGAAGAAUAUGUUAAAGAAAAAAUUGAACAAUAUUUAGAAAAAUAUAAUGAAUUUGAAGCAUCUUCAAAGGAAGAUAUUGAAGAUCCAUUAUCAUCUUCUUUUUCAACUCAAUCAAAAACUAAUCGUUGUCAACCCAAAAAGAAACCUAAAAUUGAUCAAUCUAAUGAUACAAUAAAUGAAGAUAAUAAUAAAAAUAAUAAUAAUGAAAAUAUCACAGAUGAUAAACAAUCAAAGAAUUUUGAGAAUAUGGAUGAAGAUGAUUUAGAAGAUGAUAAUAACGAUGAUGAUGAUGAUGAUGAUGGUGAUGAAAAUGAUGAAGAAAAGAAAAAGAGAAAUAGGAAAAAAGCUUAUUUUAUUAAAAAACGUAGAAGAACAGCUGAAGAAGAAUUACUAUUUGAAUAUCCAUUACAAUUACCAAAUGCAACUGGUGGUCCAUUUGAAGCAUUAGUAAAACAAAAAAAAACACCAGCACAAGAACGUAUUUUUCUAGCAUUAAGUUCUAUUAAUGAACGUAUUGCUACAUUAGUACAAGUUAGACAAAUGGGUAUAACAACACCAGAAAAUAGAAAACAAUUAAAACAAUUAAUGAAAGAUAGAAAAAAGAAAUUUUAUGAAUUAAAAAUUCUUCAAUCAAAACAAAUAUCUUCAACUGUAAAGACAGUUAAAAAAAAACAAAUUUUUGACCAUUUAUUUGAAACAAAACCUGAAUUACAUCCACAAUUAAAAAAACUUUAUCGUCGUGUUGCUGGUCGGCCACGUGUUGAAGAAGAAUGCCCUGAUUUAUUACAAAUUAUUGAAGAAAUUGCAAAAGUUGGUGGAGCAAGUGAUGAUCGAAGACAAUCAGAAACUAUUCGACCUUGUUUAACAUUAGAUGAUUUAAGAGAAAAAAUUAGACAAAGAGGUUAUGAUAUUAAACGUACAACACUUUACUAUCGGUAA